UCCUCGAGACGUCGUCCGGGAGCCCACAUGGAGCCGGAGUCCGGGGCCGAGUGUCUGGGCCGUUGGCUGGAGGCCGCCCUGAAGAGCCGGAGCAACGCCAACUCCGUGUUCGAUAUCCUGGGAGUGCUGCAGUCUGAUCAGGAAGAUGAUAUUCUCAGCGCCAUCCACACCUGCAGCCGACUCUUUGGGGCCCUGCUGGAACGAGGGGAGCUCUUCGUGGGCCACCUGCCCGAAGAGGAGGCCACAAUGGCAGGGUCUGCAGGUGCCCUUCGGAAGUACAAGGUUUGGAUGAGACACCGCUACAACAGCUGCUGUAGCCGCCUUUCAGAACUCUUGGGCCACCGUUCUUUCAAGGUCAAGGAACUGGCCCUUUGCACACUCAUGAAGUUUGUGCAGCUCGAGGGGGCACACCCGCUGGAGAAAUCCAAAUGGGAAGGCAACUAUCUGUUCCCUCGAGGCCUCCUCUUGUCUGUGGUGCAAGGCCUGAUUCCAACAGAGGCGGAUUCAUCUUUGCUGAUCUCCCGAUUCCAGGAGUACCUGGAACAUGAUGAUGUUCGUUACCACAUGAUGCAGGCUGUGGUGGAUAUGGUGGCCAGGGUCACAGACACACACCAACAGGGGGUUCCCGCCACGUUCUGGAACAACACCUUCACCCUAAUCUCAGCUGUGAGCCUCCCCCGCCAGCAGAGUGACAUCUCCAAUUUCUAUGUGAAACACAAAGAGAUGCUGGAGAAGUGGAAGGUCACUCUGCUGAAGGAGCACAAGCACGUCUUUGAGAAGAUGUGGUUCAGUUUUCUCAAGCACAAGCUGCCCAUCAGCCUCUACAAGAAAGUGCUUGUGAUCAUGCAUGACUCCAUCCUGCCCCACAUGAGCCAGCCAAGUCUCAUGAUCGACUUCCUCACGAAUGCCUACGACAUUGGUGGUGCCAUAAGUCUGCUGGCCUUGAAUGGACUCUUCAUCCUGAUCCAUCAGCAUAAUCUUGAAUACCCUGAGUUCUACCGGAAGCUCUACAGCCUGUUGGAGCCAUCUGUUUUCCAUGUGAAGUACCGAGCCCGCUUCUUCCACCUGGCAGACCUCUUCUUGUCUUCCUCGCACUUACCUGCUUACUUGGUGGCUGCCUUUGCCAAGCGCCUCUGCCGCCUCUCACUGACUGCCCCUCCUGAGGCCCUGCUCAUGGUCAUCCCCUUCAUCUGCAACUUGCUCCGGAGACACCCUGCCUGCAAGGCGCUGAUCCACCGCCCCAGCGCCGAGGCCAGCGGUCUGACCUCUGACCCCUAUGACAUGGAAGAAGAAGAUCCAGCCAAAAGUCAUGCCCUGGAGAGUUGCCUGUGGGAGCUGAAGACUCUUCAGAGACAUUAUCACCCCGAGGUAGCCAGAGCAGCAAUGGCCAUCAACCAGGCCUUGUCCCCUCACGAAGUCAGCAUUGCCCAGCUGUUGGAGCUCUCGCCUUAUGAGAUUUUUGAGAAAGACUUCAAGAAGGAGGUAUCUGGCCCUGUUCCCUUGGAGUUCAUACAGCCCCAGGGGCUGCUUGGCCGCAGGGGGGACCUCUCCAUAGAAUACUUUGCCCUGGACUGACGUAGUCUUCGCUGCAGUCUCCUGUCACUUCCUCAGCCCCCUGGUUUGGGAUAAAAUAUUUUUUACAGAAUGACUUGGCGUAUCUCUGUGGGGAGUGUGGGGCAGAUCUGGUACAGGGUGUCAGUGUACCUUUGGCAAGGCUGGGAACUUUGAGAUUUUUCUCUAGUGCAUGAAACUUACCAGAAACUGCCCACGUGCUGUGGGAAGGGGCAUUUUCUUAGUCAGCUAGGUGGCAGCCUGAAUCUCAGACAUUUCCUAGCUGUGUGACCUUGGGUGAGUCACUUCCUUCUGUUUCCUCAGUUUCCUCAUCUAUAAAAUGGAGAUAAUAAAGCACCCAGCUUCCAGGGUGGUUGUAAAGAUCCAAUGAGCUGAUGAUCACGAAGCACUUAGCACAGUGCCUGGCGCGCAGUCGGCGCUACGUAAAUGUGUGUUCCUUUGGGUAGUGUAAAAUGUCCUUUGUGCUUUCCUCCUUAGAUCCACUGAAUUUACCCCCUCAGUCUGGUCCCCGUGUGGCCUUGCUCACCUCUGCAGACCCUGAGCUUGCAACCCUGUGUGAGGAGGCAGGGAAGAAUUUCAUUUUGAUCUGGUCCCCCGCAAAAGUUUUCACUCUAGGCCUCUAUGAAAAUGCUUACUCAGAACGACGGCACUGUCUCUGCCAGACCCAUAUUGUCCACACCGAUCUAUAAAACAAGCAGGGAGGUUUUCCUGCCCGACUGUCUCUCCUUUGCUGUUGGUCACAUUCUGGCAAAAGGAGUAGUUAUUUUGAAGGCAAGUAGGAGAUCACCUGGCUUGUACUGCCAAUGAGAACAAACCUGGGGCCAGUAUCUAGUCUGAGAGAACAAGCCUGAAAUGUGGUUUGCUUAUGCUGAGGAUUUCACCUGCUGGGAGUUUAGGGAUGAAAUGUGGUCCUGGCAUCAGCAUAAAUCCUUUAGGGUUUUAUGAAAUAAUUCUGCUAGUCCCCCACUGGCUCACCAUUACUUCACUGGGAAAAAGAAUGAGUGUCUACCUUAGAUAGCAGAAGGUGGAGUAAUCCUUAUUCCUAUGGAAAAAAUUUCUCACAGGCCUGGAGUGAGUAUAAGGCUUUGCUCUUUGGUGUCAGCAGACUUUGAAAAGUACUUGGUUUCCUGGACAAAGGAAGAAGAAGGAUAAGUGACCCUAGUGCCCAAGUAAGAAUUUUCACCUGACUUCAUGUCUCGCUCAGUGUAGGAGAUCUCUGGAAGGGAGACAGCAAGGGGUGUGUAUGGGAAAGAGCAUUUGAUUUGCACUUGGUUUGGAGUUGAAAUCUGGGCUCUACUGUGUUAUACUCACGUGAUCUUAGAGCAAGUCUAUUAAUCUCCCUGGGCCUUAGUUUUCUCAUCUAUAAAAUAGGUAUUGGGGCGGGGUGGUAGUGUUUUAAUUGAUCUUUAAAGUCCCUGCUUGCUCUCACUCCUUGUUUGGUCAUUUCAGUCAUGCCCAACUCUUCAUGAACCCAUUUGGGGUUUUCUUGGCAAAGAUACUGGAGUGGUUUGCCAUUUCCUUCUCCAAUUCAUAUUACA